GUCCCCUCCGGCAGACGUCUUCGGUCGCUCGAGGAAGAGGCAUACGCGCGGCCAGGUGUACACAGUGCCUAAGAGCCAGUCGGCCGACAUAGUUAUAUCCCCUGAGCGCGCCGGCCGCGACUCUCGCAUUACCAUCGCGAAUCGGUGCGUCGUGUGAUUUCGUUGUGGUUAAACGCCGUGCGCGCGAUAAACAAAUCGGUCUCUACCUUCUUCGCUGUCGUCGUCGUCGUCGUCGUCGUCGUCGUCGUCGUCGUCGUUGUCUUCUUCCUCCUCCUGCUCUACGGCACCACAGUCGCACCACCGCGAUCGGAGGUUGGCCCACGUUUGUGUGUACCGUUUCAAGCAUUGUGCGCUAACGGCCGUUCUUGAGAGCGCGCGCGCUCGCUCAUACCGGCGAUCCCGUGAGAAAGGUGCCCGUGGAAUUCGCCUUCGCGCGCUUGGCGCAACAGUGCGGGAUAAAGCGCCGCCGAAUUGCAGCGCGCGCAAUAUCGCGCCAACGGCAGAUCGCGCGCCGGCGAAUCGCGAUUCCUACAAAAUUCGACGUCGAUACAUAUACAUACGUAUACAUCGCUCGGCUGCUGCGCACAGAUCAUAGACGCGUUUAGUGCGACGUUUAGUGCGACCUGAGCAUUUGAACGAGACAGUACUACGAUGACGAGACCGUACGACCGUCGACAGCUGCUCGCGAUACUCCUGCUGCUGCAAACCGCCUCGAGAUACGACUACGCGGUUCACGCGGUUUCCGCGGAAUCGACGCACGCGGUCGACCUGUCGCCGUCGUCCGCGGUACCGUCCGGCCUCUCCGGGCCGGAUUACACCGGCCCAUCCGCGGGUUCGGACGAGUGCGAUCCCGAGAUGGUUGGCUUCGAGCUGGUAACCGGCUACGUGUACACCGCGCCCACAAACAUGCUCGAGUCCAUACCGGGCACGUUGAUGCUCACCGACUGCCUGGAGACCUGUCAGGCAAACGACUCCUGCCAGGCGGUCAACUACGAGACGGGCCUUUGCGUCCUAUUCAGCUCUAACGCCGACAGCAAUCCAGGCGCGCUGUCGCAGUCCCAGUUUCCCGUGUUCACGAUCUACGCCCAGAAGAGCUGCCUGGCGGUGAAGCCCUGCGAGCGCGCUUGGUGCAUCGAUAGAGUGCAGGGACACCGCCUUCAGGGUCACGCACGCAGGACCAUGACCGCCUCCUCGCGGCAGCACUGCCUCGAGCUCUGCCUCGGCGAGCGAGACUUCCUGUGCCGAUCCGCUAAUUACGCUAAUGCCACUAAGCAAUGCGAACUUUCGGACAUGGAUCGGCUGACAGUCGCCGGCUCGAGCGCCUUUCAGACGGCGAAGGGGGUGGAUUAUCUGGAGAACCAUUGCGUGGAGGAGCCGGUGAAACUUUGCGAAUUCAAGAAGCUGGCCGGCCGCAUCCUCAAGACCGUGGACUCCGUUUACCAGGACGUCGGCACGUCCGACGAGUGCCGCGAAUUGUGCUUGAACUCGCCGUUCCGUUGCCAUUCGUACGAUUACGGCGAUACGGGCGACAUGGUCUGCCGUCUCAGCCAUCACUCCCGUGCCACCCUCUCGGACAUUCAGGAACCCUAUCUCGAUGUACCGGAAGCGUCCACGUACGAGCUGAGCUCCUGCUACAACGUGACCAUCGACUGUCGCGCCGGCGAUAUGGUGACUCGGAUUCAGACUAGCAAGCUCUUCUACGGCAAGGUAUACGCCAAGGGCUCGCCCAACUCGUGCGUGCAGGACGUGAAGGGCGCGCUCGAGUUCGAGCUGCGUAUGGCUUACGACGAUCUUGAGUGCAACAUCAGGCAGCAAGGUCUCGGCCGUUACCUCAACGACGUGGUGAUCCAGCACCACGACACCAUCGUCACCAGUUCCGAUCUGGGAUUGGCCGUGACCUGCCAAUACGAUCUCACAAACAAGACCGUCUCCAACGAGGUCGACCUCGGCGUACACGGCGACAUCACGCCCGCCCUCUCUGAGGAGGUGAUCGUCGACUCGCCCAACGUCGCCAUGAAAAUCACCGAUCGUAGCGGCAACGAGGCGAUUCCCUCGGCCGAGGUCGGCGACCCCUUGGCGCUCAAAUUCGAGAUACUCGAUCCCAACAGCCCAUACGAGAUCUUUGUCCGCGAGCUGGUCGCCAUGGACGGCGUGGACUCCAGCGAGAUCGUCUUGAUCGACUCCGACGGCUGCCCUACUGAUCACGUAAUCAUGGGACCGCUCUACAAAUCGGCCACUACCGGCAAGAUACUGCUGUCGCACUUCGACGCUUUCAAGUUCCCGAGUUCGGAAGUGGUGCAGUUCCGCGCCCUGGUGACUCCGUGCAUGCCGACCUGCGAACCCGUUCAAUGCGAUCAGGAGGAAACGACUGGCGAGUUACGCUCGGUCAUCUCCUACGGCAGACGCCGUCGUCGCCGUCGCUCCACCGCCGCCGCCACUGCCGCCGCCACCACCACCCAGAGUCGCGAGGAUCUCCUCCUGGUGCAAUCGAUCCAGAUCACGGACAAGUUCGGAUUCGAACGUGACGGUAAGUUACCGAACGCCACCUCCGCGACGAGGGACACCGUUUUCAUCGAGAGCGAGGACAUAUCGUCGUCGAUGGGCAUGUGCAUCAACCUGGGUGAGGCGAUCGUGGCAGGCACCGUCUUCCUCGUCGCUCAGAUCGCCAUCAUAGCGGCGUGGACCUUCACCUGGCAGCGGCGCCGACAGAUGCUCAAGCAUCAGGAGGCGCUCUCGGUCUCCGUGUCUGUGCCCGGAAUGCACUCCGUGCCGGGACGCACCGACAGUCUCUGUAAGUUGUACGACGCCGGAUAUUCCGCGCGCCGUUUCUGAACGACUUCUCACCACCAUCCGCCCGCCACAUCCGCUCGCCUACCCGCGACACAUCGUCAAUCUCGUCUUCCUGCGUAAAUCGCUGUCUUACGAAUCUUCGGCUGACUACACACGGACGUGAGUUCUCUCAAACGCGCGGUCCCACCUGCCCCAUCUGGGGGAGGAAAGGGUCGCGUGUGUGACGGUUUCUUUUUUUUUUUUCGAUACACACAGCGGACAAAACGCUUCUUCUCACGGAAUCUUUCCCCGGAAUUCGGGACGGACGCUGCGCUACUUCGUAUAUAUCAAACUUCGACGUGCGUUGUAGCGCGUUGCGACUUGGUCCCAGCCAAUAUAUACGUAGCGCUUUCAGCGAAAGAAGCCCUUUGCCACCCACGCUUACCCGCUGUAACCCAUGGGUGGAAGCUUUCACUAGGCGUUCUGCGAAUUCCAGUUAGAUUCGGCUAGAUGGGCAGAUCGCGCGCACCUCGCCUCGCCUUGUCGGGCGGCGGUGACUCGAAUAGAGAGAAAGCAAUCGUCUCGAUCGAGGAGACGAGGUGGGUAAACGACCGCUCCCUUCUGCCUAUCUAGACGAAAGUGUAUCCGCAUCACACUUGUAUUAGGUGCUAUCACGUACUUAUCCUCUUUCUCUUGUGAAACUUCAUUUUCUCUCGCAGCUGGGACCGUUAAGGGAAACCGAUCGAUUUCGCGAUAUCGCUUCAAGCUUCGACAUUUGCUUUUGGGGGCGCGAGCGCGCCCUCAUCUUGCCGUCCCUCGCGAAGGGAGUCUCUCGCGCGCAAUUACAUACUCGCGUAUGCACACGUGCUAAUAAUGCCGCUGGAUCACUGAACAGAAUAAUUAGGCACAAUUGCGCUUGAUUACCCCGCCACAUCUGUCGCUUAUUGAGGCACAAAUACCGGUGUGUUUCCCGAUCGGCAUUUCUACCCCCAAGGUCGGCGCAACGAAUCGUACCGAAUGUAUCAUCAAUCUCGUCUUUCUGUCUCUCAGGCGGUCGGUUAUUUCGUGGAAGGAGCAAGACUGCAAUUACGAUCCGUACCGGCAACCUUUAAUUAACGUGACGUUCAGUGUCCAAGCGGCCUUCGUGCGUGUGCGUACUCCCGUUCAACGAAAGUCGAAGUCGUCUUAAAGAGACGUUCCUUUGAGGCAGAUCAAAAGGGCACGAUUAAAAAAAAAGAGAGAAAGAAAAGAAAGAGAAAAAAGAAAGAAGGAAGAGAGAAACCUCGGGGAUCUUCCAUCUCGCGGACGCGCGUUCUUUCUCUCGCGUGAUAUCACGUCGAUACUUAAUCCGUAUCUGAUCGGGGAACGCAUACCGAGAAUCACACGGUUUCGCCGUGGAUAAAUCGAUUUCCUAUUCUGUUUCGGAAUAAUAGCGCGUAUCUCGGCAUACCUCUUCCGGCGAUAAGUAGUCGAUAAUGUAACGGCGCAAAAAUCAUCGCCGUGCGCAAAAGAGAGUAAUCGAUUCCGCGCGAGUUCGGUCGGUUUCUUGCGAGAGUGCGCGAGCGUGCACCGUCUUGUCGUGCCGGCCGUCCAUACUCUCUCCGUUUUGUCCCCGCCGUCGCCUCCGAGCGCUUUUGCUUCUUUUCGAGACGACGCGAGGUGACGUGGGGGACUCGUCUCAGCGCGGUGUGGCUCCGCUGGUGAUGGAGGUUGACGUGCAUUCGCCACGUCGGGAUGGGCUACCAGGCAUGGACUCUAAUUAGCAAUGGGAAUUGGGCAUGAUUAUGCAGAUGUUCGGAGUGGGAUAUCAACGAUGGUCGGUAGCGCGGUGAAGGGAUGGGUGAAUACAGAGAUAGGUAGCACGAGGCAUAGAGUGGAGCUAAGCGCGGGGAUGAAAGAGGGAGAAGAGAUUGAGACGGAACGAGAAACGGUGGUAGGACCACAACGUGUGGUGGUGAGCUCGGGGCGAAGAGGGGGACGGCAGAAGAGGUACGCGCGCAAAAGGGGUUGGCGGAAGGUUAAUUGCCUCUUGUGGCGUCUCGGGGUUAAGCUAAGCUUCUGAAGGGGGGGUAGCGCGCUUGAUGGGGUUGAGUCUAGCUUCGGGAGCGGAGGGGUUGCGCGAGGAGAAGCGCGGGAGGGAGAGGGAGUGGGUUGGGGUGGCGUAGGAUCGCAUCAAGGAUAGCCAUCUCUCCACACCGGAGCCACGUAACCUCGACCCCCUUCCGACUUAACCUUAGUCGUGUCCCUUAUCCUCAGCCAUCCCGUGGUGACCAGGUUAAUUUACAUCGCGACACGUGAGCUUAUCAAUCUGGAUUGGCGUGCUCGACACGGAAGAGGCCGCGUAACAGCCGAUUAAAGAAAAACUUGGCGCUACUUCGUUACGUAAGCGACAAAACACCGCGCUCCAUCGGUCCGCGAUCUCACGGGUAUCUCGGGGAAAUCCUGAAGAACAAAAUCGAUAAUGUCAAACACAGAAAAUUCCAGAACAUUCGUUCAACAACUGUCGCGUCGCUGCGCCGCGAGAUCUUUAUUCGUGUAGACCGCGCAUAAAACGUAUUUGCGGAUUUAUCGGCGAGUUGAAUAAUAAAAGAAAAAUCGCGACAUCUGUCUUCAAAGUAUUCUGCAAUUGACGCAAUUAACGCGCGAGAAUAACAAUUCCUGGAUGAUCGUUCAGACGUGUUCCAGCGUACGCGAAAUGUUUACAUGUGACCGAAUAUCGUCUGAUGUAAUAAUCACGCGAUCGAGCUUGACUGAAUUUCGUCGUGUCCAAAUUCGUGUUCGCCUUCGGAGUACAUGAAGCGGAAGAAAGCGAUAGACAAAGACUUAGAUAUUGGCGAAUGCCGCGCGUGUAAUACACCGCGGCACGGAGAAAUACAAAUCGGUUAACUGUGCCAGUGGUGCUUUAUCGAUUUCCCGAGGCACACAGGAGCUGACGUGCAGAGAGAUCGGAUUAAUUGAGAAACUUGAGGAUUAAAAUACACUCGUUAAGACAAACAGAAGGAAUGGGAUAGAUAGAUAAAGAGAGAGAGAGAGAGAGAGAGAGAGAGAAGGACAGAGACAAAAUUAGAAUCUCCAAUCGUUCCGAAGUGUUUGCAGUGUAGUUAACCGAACUUUGGAUUGUUCUGGUGUUUGACCUUUAUCCCGUUGCGCGUGGCGAAUAUACGCGUACGCUCUGGAGAGAAAUUCCGCUUUUACUUGUUACACAAUUAUUUUUCAAUCACACUACGUGGCAAGAUUUUGUCUCACGCGUGGUGAUAACGUUUCGAUACGCAAAUUGGGAAUUUUUUUAUCUAGAAUGGUUACUAUCGGGAUCACUCCGCGACGAGAGCGAGACGAUAAUAAUCCGCGAAUAUUUUGUCAACUGGCUGAGAAUGUGUUACAAUUGUUCCGCGGUCAUUUAUGUUAACAAAGUCGAAUCGGAAAAGGGCAUGCGCGCGUAUAUUGCGUAUAUUGCGCCUAUCGAAAUUCCGGCUUUAAUUAUAGGGUCUAAUUGUCGCCGGACGUUGCUAGGCUUUUCUCGCGCGAGACCGUUGGAGCACACACGCCCGCACUAAAAACCAAAUGGAAUUUCGCCUCUUAAAUCAAGCGCCAUUGAUCCCGCCGAGCGCGCGCGAGCACGCGCAAAAAUUGAAAUGCGGGAAAUGCGCGCGUGCGUAUUUUCCGGUGUAUUUCCGAAACGCGGUUCAAUUACAUUCGCAUUAACGAGCAACGGGCGCGCCGAUGUUCACAUUGCGCUGUCGCGCAUCGCGACCUGGCGCGAUGUUAAAACUUCCUUUCCGCUUCACCGGCGCUGCUUCUAUGCGCGUAUCCGCCGCUUGAUAGACGUACAUGAAUACCGACGUAAAUAUAAAUAUAAAUACGAAUAUAAAUAUACAUAUACAUACGAUGAUAAACAUGCCAACGAAGGUGCCUACGCGUACAGUAAGCAAUGCGACGCACAAUGGUCUUACGAUUUUUCCACCCACGUGUAUGUUUCUUUUUUUUUCUAACUUUUUUCCUCUCUGCUCCUCUUUUGUGAAAGUUAACAACCACACACACACACACACACACACACACAUAUACACACACACAAACACACACACAAACACACACACAUUGACAAACAGACAGACAGACAUACAAUCCCCAAUUAUGGAUUUACAUAUAAGAAUUUUCGCUAACGCUGCGGUAGUAUAUCCAACCUGCUUGUGGUGAGAGGGUAGAACCAAUUUUAUACAUGUUCGACGAUAUCAGUACGAACGCAUUCAAAUGGUGUUGCGUGCGCGAGCGCGCGUACGGGCGUCGAAAAGCGCGAGCGCGAUGAACGCUCUGCUCCGGGCGCGAAACCGUGCGUACGCGGUCGCUCCGCGCAACGCUUUAGCGACGUAAUUUCCAGCAACGCAUAUGUACGAGCGCGUAUGGAGUGGCGCGAGCAGAAUUUCGCAGUUCUUCGCCUCGCCGCGAGAAGCGGUCUUCGAUGCGAGGAAAGACGAGCGAAAGAAUAAAGAAAGAGCGAGAAAUAGAGCGGCUGAUGGCUUAGCUCUCUCGGGCGCGAGAGAUGAGGAGGUGCACCGGUGCCGAGCAAGGAGGUGCCGGGAACUCGAUGUGGAGCAGACCCGUCACAGUCAUUAUUUUACACGGGAUCGCGCGUGUUGUAUCCACGGGGAAGACGUGUGAAAUUUUCUCGCGCCACCUCGUAGACAACGAGCAUACUCCGAGUUAAUAACGAUAACGAUGCGUGUGCACUUUUCAUCGACUUGGUCGAACCGCGAAAACGCGCGGCAUGCGCCGCCACGUCGUCGCAUGUCCCGUCCGCGACGUUUGACGCAACUCAAUGGAAACUGCCGAGUACGUGAAGUAAUGAUUAUUAUUAUUAUUAUUAUUAUUAUUAUUAUUAUUAUUAUUAUUAUUAUCAUUAAUUAAUUAAUUGCCUUACAUUUAAAGCGUAUACGAUGUGGAAGUGAACGGAAAGCAGCAGAAAGAAAGGAAGGAAGAAAAGUAAAAAAAGAGCAAUCAUGUUUCAUCAAUAUAAUAACGUAAUUAAGAUUAAGUUAACGCGCCCUGCGGUCUCGGCGGCUAUGGGAUCGAGGCCGCGGAAGGCAAUUGCGAAGGAAAGAUAAUAUUGGGCUCGAGGACGAUCGCUCUCGAUGAUAUCAACGCGCCUGUGCCUGCAAUCCCGGACGGCCGACUCCGGUUAGCCGCGAGCAAUUCAACGCGGUCGGCGUCUCGUCGUUCCUGCGUACAAGUACCACUCCGGCUUCUUCUCCGCCCGCUUCCCCCCUUCUCGCCCUCUCCUUCACCCUUCCUCUCUCCCCCUUCCCCUCUCGUCCUGUUCCCUCGCGCUUUCCUCCCUAUCGUCCAUCUUAAUGAGGGUUAUGUUUAUACCCCGUACUUCUUCUUACCGGGAGUAUCCGCGAGUUUGUAGAGAUGUCGGUGCUUGUCCUCGAGCCUGAGGUGCGCGCGCCUGCUCCGUCUCGUAAGCUCGAGAAGCUCGAGUCUGUUCUGUACCAUGACAAGCGUGUAUUUCUGCUUUUCUCUGUCCUGUACAUCUUCUUUUCCGCCCGGCCCCUCGUGUUCGCCCCAUUCUACCUCCUUCUCAUCUUCGCUCCCCUCUCUGUCCCUCUCUCUAUCCAUCUAUCUUUCUCCCCCGCAUAUCUCGCUUCCUGAGGCCCCCCUCUUCUUUUUCUUCUUCUUCUUUUCUCGCCAUGCCGAGCCGAGCGCCACGUCGGCCUCGCCAAAUUAAACCAUUUUCAUCGCGAACAUACAUACGUCACGUACAGAACUUACCCGACGAUCGCGAGCGUUCUUAUGUUAUAACCGCGCACCAAGCAUAAUCGCUUAUUUAUUUUUUACGUUAACGUAUACUGCCCUUCAAGAAUACUCGUACCCUGUCACGCCUAUUUUUUCCCCCCUCCCCCUCCCUGCCCAUCCACGACCGGCGUACCAACUACCGUUUUAAUAAUACACCCGUCAUACCAGCCACGCACUGAAACUGCUAUGUAAUUUAACGAAUCACUCCGCUGACGUUAAACGUAAUGCGUGCGUGUUUCUAAUUAAUUCUCAUAUAUAUAUUUUUUUUCUACAUUAUCGAGACGCAUCUUUCUCGCCGAACGUCGUAUAUGUCAGUACCGUAACACACACGUUGUACAUAGCAUAUAUGGUACAGAGAAAAUAAACUCAUUUUAUAACGAAAAA